GCGAAGAGGAAGACGAGCGGCAGCAGAAAUUAAUCUUGCGAAGGGCAAGGGAGUCGCCUGUAGUGGCAUGGCCGCUAAUGCAAGACAGGAACUAACAGGAUCAGCAUCAGGAAUGAGACACACGCACACACACCUGUCUUUUGUUUCGGUGGCAUCCUGAGAGUGAAGACAGAGAGCAACAAAUUCUUCGCUGACUUCUCCUCAGUCAGAAGACGCAGGAGAGCAAUUUCAACUGAUUCUAAACUCCAAUGAUUAAAGCAACAAGAUGACCCACCUGCGCUUCCCCUUCGCGUUCCUCUUGUGCACGACCUAGCUGCUCCCUUCAAGAACCGGAGCGGGAGACAUCAAGCGUUCAACUAGAGGAGUACAAGGAAGAGAGCAGCAAGCAAAAGCAACACCUGCUAACCCCCAACAGAAAUAAGUAAAAUUCUGUCAUGGACUUUCUCAAGCAGGACGUGGACCGGCUGCUGUCCUACGCCACUAAGCAAGAAGUAAAAAUCUCCGAUGCGAAACUUGGCAUUGCAAACAUCACCUUCCAGAUUCUCAUCGUUUUGUACGUGGUCGUAGGAAUAUGCACAACUUUCUCUCCCCCUCAUUUGUCAUGCAAAAUCCCAAAUCCAGCUGCUGCGUUGUAGCCCUGUUUGCAUGACAAUAAAUUCUGGAAGCCUAAACAGCACUACAGUACGUGCAUAAACUUGUCAUGCACAGCAUACACGUGUACUGGUGUUUGUACUGCUGUUCAUGCCAUACAAAUGAGGGGGGGAGUUGUGCAUUCUCAUAGUGCGGGUUUGUGUUCUUAUACGACGAGGGAUAUCUCGAGUACGAGUACGCGAAAGGGUAUGGAUGUGUCAGGUUUAAAAUCGUCAAAGUUGAAAUAGUUUGCCAUGCAUAAAACGGAUACCAGUUAGACCUACAGUUUGUAGUCGGUGCGUGACAAAUUUUCCCGGUCCUGGAAGCGAGUCUGUCAUGCGGUUUAGGGCAAAAGAGCUGCCUUCUGUCAUGCUAGUCAGCAGUCCAACUUUUGACCCUUACCAGGACUAUAAUCUGCCUCCCGUGCGUCCUCUGCAAUAGCGUCACUUUUUGUAUUGCGUUUUAUGCAUGGCAAAUCAGUUCAACUUUGACGAUUUCAAUCCUGUCACCCCCAUAAAGGGUCCACCUCCGUUUCCGUGAGCAAAGCGGGGGAUGUCGUCGUCACCAGUUCCGGAAUAUCAAAUGUAAAAAUGUCUGGGUCUGGAAGAAUGCGACUUGUGAUGCUGCAUUUGGAUUGCAAAAAAAUCUGUAUUGCAUGAGUAGCAAAGGGAAUGCGAUUUUUGCUACGCGGGGAGGACAUUUGUAAUGCGGAAUAGGCAUCAAGAAGGUCUGAAAAAAUCUGUGAUGCUAGGGCACGCAUCACAGACAUCAAGACUCAUGCAAAACGUGCAUGACAAGUGUCAGAAUGUUCCAGACCCAGACAUUUUUGCAUUUGAUACGGAAAACCAAAUUCCCGGUCCUUUUCUGUCGAAGAGUUGACCUACCCGAACUUGGAAAACGGUAAUUUGUUCGUCGCCACGAAGAUUGAGACCAUUGACCAGAAACGGGAGACCUGCGAAGACCGCUCGAAGAAAUGCAGUGGGCCGGAGGACGUCGCGAAGGUGUGCGCCAUAUGCAUUGCGAAUAUCCCUGGAUGUCUGGAACAGUGCAACUUGUGAUGCUGCAUUUGGAUGCUAUAAAAAAAUCUGUAUUGCAUGAGCAGCCAGAGCAGUCAAAUUUGACUACGCGGAUCGGGCAUUUGUCUACAGCAGCGAAGUAAAUAGAUAAGCAAAGGAGUUUACACAUUGUUAGCGUUUCCUCUUUUAUUUUUACCCUCCCUUUUGUUUUCUUCCUCUUUUAGUCUGCGAAAUGGAAAUAGAAGUACGCGUCCCUUUAGUUUUCCCUUUAGUUUUACCCUCCCACUUUUCUUUUCUUUUAGUCUGCGAAACGAAAAUAGAAGUACGCGAAGGGCGGGGCGCGCACUCUUCAAAUUCAAAAAAAAAAAUCGUCUUCAAAUGUUGCGAGAAAUUACUACGAAAGACCUGCACAGCGAUGUGACCUCUGGUUACUCGCUCGCUGCUUUGUAUGUUUGCUUUUAUAUGCUCACGGCUUGGCUUUGGCUGAUGGCCGUCCUUUUGUUUGUAUCCGUAUUUGCUGUUCUCGUAGAUGCUUUCUUUGCUCGUGCUAUCCUAUCUACCAGAGCGUCGGUUCGUACGUCUGUGCCACUGUUCGUGUGUUUUGCUUUCCAGGAGCCCGAUCGCAAAUUCGUGCGCUCCUCUCAUUCCGUUGCCGAAGUCUGAUCUUCCCUCUGCCCCCUCUUGCAUACGCCCCUGUAGGAUUGAGAGUCUACCCUUUUAUCUUGCUUUUUUCGUCUAAGUCUGAUGUCUUCCUUCUGCCCUUCCCUUUGCCCUCUUUGGCAUGCGCCCCCGUAGGUUUAGGUCUCUACCCUUUUACUUUUCUUCUUUCGUCCUCUAAGUCUGUUCCUGUUGUCUUACUGCUGUAGCCUUUGUAGCGCUAGUCUGCGGAUCCCGCGAACUCGCAGGGGCUUUGUUUUUUCCGCCUAGCCAGCGGGUUUGUCAGGGGGGGGGGGCGGACGCGACAGUGCCGUGGAGGUGGUGUCGCGCUUGUUCAUCAGCACCACUGUGGAGUUUUUGGCGCGGCCGUGCGGAGGUUCCGGCGAAGUGAUUGCUCUACCCGGAUGAAGGAAAAAAAUUAGUUCUAACAAUUUAGCUUAUGCGAUCAACAGGCCCGAAGGCUUGUCUGCGGAAGUUGAUCCGGCACGCCUUUCAUUAAGUCCCCUAGAGUCUGGUCUGCUAAUCCAGGCGGUAGAACGCAUCUCGUGCUCGGCUUCUAAACAAGCUUUCGUGGCCUUUGGCGGUAGUCCGUCUAAUAGAUAGUCCCCGCAUUUAGGUGGCGCCGCUUGUGGCUGUCACGAGGUGGCUCGCACCUCCCCGGAGUGAGAGAGGGCUCGUUGCCGGGUUUCAGUACCUUCUGUCUGGCUCGGGCUCCUGGUGCUGCAAUCACCGUUAGGAGUAUAAGAAUUAAGAACAUAAGUCCUUGCUGCACUGUGCUGCUACACCAGACGCGCACCAUCAGAAGUGCGGAACUGGCGGCAGUGCUUGUGCUGCACCAUCAGAAGUGCGGAACUUGCGCGGCCGGGCGUACCAUCUUCAAGUCAAGUCAGGACGCGCAUCCUCGAUAAGCGCUCAGUAAAUGUAUGCCCGGGCAGCAGCAGGCUAGCGAGCCUGUGAGUCUAGGCUGAGGAUGGUCGGGCGGUAUUUUAUGCCCGUGUCCGCCCUCAGCCCUUUAGUGUACGGUAGCCAGGACUUGAGAAGAUCAGUCAGGACAACCCACCGANGUAGUCCGUCUAAUAGAUAGUCCCCGCAUUUAGGUGGCGCCGCUUGUGGCUGUCACGAGGUGGCUCGCACCUCCCCGGAGUGAGAGAGGGCUCGUUGCCGGGUUUCAGUACCUUCUGUCUGGCUCGGGCUCCUGGUGCUGCAAUCACCGUUAGGAGUAUAAGAAUUAAGAACAUAAGUCCUUGCUGCACUGUGCUGCUACACCAGACGCGCACCAUCAGAAGUGCGGAACUGGCGGCAGUGCUUGUGCUGCACCAUCAGAAGUGCGGAACUUGCGCGGCCGGGCGUACCAUCUUCAAGUCAAGUCAGGACGCGCAUCCUCGAUAAGCGCUCAGUAAAUGUAUGCCCGGGCAGCAGCAGGCUAGCGAGCCUGUGAGUCUAGGCUGAGGAUGGUCGGGCGGUAUUUUAUGCCCGUGUCCGCCCUCAGCCCUUUAGUGUACGGUAGCCAGGACUUGAGAAGAUCAGUCAGGACAACCCACCGAGUUUCGGGGUGGUAUUUGUUCGCCUUCUCUUGUUCCCAGGGAGUAACGCCCCUGCCGUUGGUAGUAUGUCUCGUUUGGCCCGCUUUGCGGAUGACCGUUAGUCCCGCUCUGCGGAUGAUCGUUAGUCCCGCUUUGCGGAUGAUCGUUAGUCCCGCUUUGUGGAUGAUCGUUAGUCCCGCUCUGCGGAUGAUUGGCCCGCUUUGCGGAUCAUUGUUUGGCCCGCUUUGCGGAUGAUUGUUUGGCCCGCUUUGCGGAUGAUUGCUUGGCCCGCUUUGCGGAUGAUUUGGCUUCCGCUUGUCGGAAAUUUUGGCUUCGCUUGUCGGAUAUUUUGGCUUUCCGCUUGUCGGAAAAUUUGGCUCCCGCUUGUCGAAAAUUGUGGCUCCUGCUAAUUCGGAAACUUAAACUUGGGCUUCCGCUUGUCGGGAAAUUUGGCUUUCGCCUUUCGCAAGUUCUGGCUUUCGCUUGUCCGAAGGUCUAGCCUGGUUCGUUGUGCGGGAAUUUUGGAUUCCGUAGGUCGGAAGCGUCUCGCUGCCAGCUAUUUAUGCGAGAUCGGUGGCGUUGUUUGGCCGUUCUGUCCUCGGGACAAGGAACGGCGGUCGGUCUCGCUUUGCGAUGGGAGGAGGGGUCGUUUGGCACUGGCGGUUCGAACCCGUUACCCUUGCGAACUUUCUCCCUGGCUAGAGCGCUGGACUUCGUUGGAUCUGUUUUGAGAUAAAUAUCCGGACUUCCCCUCCCAUCGCUAUGUGAGACCGAGACUCCGAGUGGUUUGUAAUGGGGCUAUGCUAAGCCUGGGUGAUCGCGGUUUUUCGUUCUAUUUGGCGGACCCUUCUGAUAGGCCCGCGUCUUAGUCUAUCGGGCCUCUUUUCAACCCGUCGUCGUUCGUUGCUACGCCUUCAUCGAUGGGGCGCACCGGUUUCCCAAAUUCAUCUACUGGCCGCAAGCGCCACAGCGGGUUCUUUGGGAUGCUUCGGCGUAUCCGGCCUCCGCCGGUGGGUCAGGUGCUCCAUCUCCCUAGGCGCCUCGACGACGCGGUGGGGGACUGCUCCCACCGAGCGGCCAUCCAUUGGGUGGCCCGUCUGCGGUAACUGCAUAAAAUGUAUGCCCGGGCAGCAGCAGGCUAGCGAGCCUGUGAGUCUAGGCUGAGGAUGGUCGGGCGGUAUUUUAUGCCCGUGUCCGCCCUCAGCCCUUUAGUGUACGGUAGCCAGGACUUGAGAAGAUCAGUCAGGACAACCCACCGAAUUUCGGGGUGGUAUUUGUUUCGCCCGCCCUCCCUCCCAGUUGUUUCAAGGUGGUUACGUUACUACGGAUGGGCCGCUAAGACCUCGCGCCGCCCUUUUCUUACGGGGUGUGACAGAGGUCCAUGUCUUCCAUCGCGGGUCAGGUGCUCCAUCUCCCUAGGCGCCUCGGCGACGCGGUGGGGGACUGCCCCGCCUCGACGACGCGGUGGGGGACUGCUCCCACCGAGCGGCCAUCCAUUGGGUGGCCCGUCUGCGGUAACUGCAUAAAAUCUGUGAUGCUAGGGCAUGCAUAAUAGACCUCGUGCAUCACGGAAAAUGUGCAUGACAAACUUGUCCUCUUCCAGAUUCAGACAUAUUUGCAGUUGAUAUGCCAAGGACGUCGGCGCAGUCACCUGCUCAGAAAACGGGUUUUGCAACGAACCCGGGUGGUGUCCAAGCAUCGAGUAUCAAUGGCAAAUAUGUCUGGGAGUGGUCUGAAAGAAGAGCUGCGCCACAAGCUUUCAUUUGUUGGGAAGGUCUCGCUCAUGCAACGAAAAAUGCUGCGCAUCUGUUGCUCAGAUGUUUGUCUGUUGUUCCAGACUCAGCAUCACACGUGGUCUGCAUCCUGCUUCCAGACCCAGACUACAUAUUCGCACUUGAUAUCGACGCUGGGCUGACCAAUGAGGUGGAAACGUAUAAGACGCCGACCGCGAAGCUGCAGGUGUGGAUCAAGUCCUAUGACCUGCUCAAACCUUACAAUCUCAAACGUUACAAGAGAAUCUGGGUUUUGUAUUGCAUGAUGAGCAUGACAGAUUCGGACAGCAUUCCACUUUCUGCAAUGCAAAUUUCGGCAGAUUGUAGUGCGGACUCGGACUCCAGAACUUGUCAUGCGCAAUCUUAUGAGAGUUCGCUAGAUAAUGCACUUCUUGCAACACAAAUUCCAGACUCUAUUGUAACGUUUGAGAUUGUACCACCUGAGCAAGUUAUAAGUCCGUCGUGCAGUUUUGGAACCUGAACAAGGAACGUAUGAUAGGUCGUUUUUCAACAAUUAUUUGCUUAAAUUGGAAAUUCAAAUUUGAAUUUAAAUUUCUCAUGCGGUAGUUCUGUGCCUUUCGUUGCUAUGUGCGGAAUACAUGGUAGUAAAAUUAUACUAGUACUUGAAAAAAUCAGGCAUCUUCACAAAUGACUUGGAGAACAUCAUAGUUUACCCGAAAGAGGAUAUCCACGAAAAAACUGUUUCAUUGUGAUGUUGAUUUUGCAAGUUCUGCAUUACAAGUUCGUUACACAUGACACGGAAAAUUUGCCAUGCGCGCUUCCCAGGGGAAAACCUGUUUAAAAACCCAAGGGCUUCUUGCAGGUGUAGCAAGACAAAAAGUUCUGUGUUCCAUUUUCUGCAUCACAAGCUCACAGUCACGCAGUUUUUUCUUGCGAUAGAGGAUGCAAACACGUUCACCGUCGAGGAUUUGCUUCUGCUCUGUCAGUAUCCUGUGCAAAAGUAUCGUACUCGUAGUUGUAAUUGAAGUCAUGCAUUACAAAUCUCGUACUCGUUCCCAAAGGCAAAUCAGCAUGACAAAUUGCUUUUGUCGUGCUGAGGGAAUUUGUCAUGCAAUUGCUAUAUAUUAUAUUCAUGCGAAAAAAGAGGUAGACAGAGGGUAAACAAGAGGUGGCCGAGAGGUAAAAAAGAGGGCAAAAGAGGUAAAAAAGAGGUCGACAGAGGUGGAGAGGUGGCGCGGGACCCCGUUCGAGAGGGUCGGCGAGAGGGUGCGCGAAUAAGGCCAGCCGAAGCGCUCACCUUUAAGCGCCGCCUAAGCGCCUGAGAGGGUGCAGAGAGGUUAGAAAGAGGGGGCGCGGGAGGUCGACAGAGGUGGAGAGAGGUGGCGCGAAUAAGGGGCGACCUCUCGCGGGCCCUCUUGGCCACCUCUCGGCCACCUCUGUCGACCUCUACCCGCGAGUAUAGCCGGACUAUUAGCGGGGACCCCCAAAAGAGGCCAAAAAGAUGGUCUGCGAGAGGGUAAAAACACAAAGAAGCGGGCGCGAAUCCGCAUGGUGCUCCCCAUAUUUGGCACUGCAGGCCAUUCGCGGCCUUGUUUUUUUCGGCGCCUUUCCGCGCCACCCUCUCGCGCCACCCUCUCGCGCCACCCUCUCGCGCCACCCUCUCGCGCACCCUCUCGCGCCACCCUCUCGCGCAACCCUCUCGCGCUACCCUCUCCCGCCGGGCAGCUUCUGUUCGCCCCCGAUGUUCUUUGCAGCUACUCCCUGCGCAGAGCGCCCACAGGCGCGGGAAGCGCGCAAGCGGUCCUGCGGGUUGGCGCGGCGCAAACAGGCGGCAGGAAUCCAGUAUGUUUCGUUGUGCAUAGGCCCGUGGCGUUCUGGUCCGGUCGGCAAACAGUCUUGCACCGGCCCAACAGCCUUGCGCUCCGGCGGCAGCCGGAGCAUGGCUGGUUUUUACUAGUGCGAGAGGACGAGACCUUUGCAGUUCAUAGUCAGCCACCGGUCCGAUACGAAGAGAUCAGCGAGCUUGGUGCGGCGGUCGAGGUACUGAUAAAGUUUCCCUCCUGCCCCGUGAACUCGGAAAACUGUAAGCCGAAAAUUUCCGCGAAACGCGUGGACUCUCUGUUCGACCAAAACGCGAUCGGGUUCGAAUUCACCUACAAGGUCCCCCUAGCAACGGCGAACGAGCGGCGGCUCUUCAAGAUGAAGGGGGUGCGUUUUUAUUUUCGGACCGUGGGCACGGGGGAGGAGAUCUCGGUGACGUCGAUCAUAUUCAAAAUUUCCACCGGGAUAGCAUUGCUCUCGUUGGCACCCCUCCUCGCGGACCUCCUCAUGCUCAAGUGCUUUCUGAAGAGCAAGAAGUAUUGAUUUAGUACACAUGAUUCUACUACUACCUUUGAUACAAAAAUGCCUUUAUGAAUGCGCAGACUACACCAGGAGUCGUACAAGAAGUUCUUGAAGCAGACUAUUUCUGGUACAAAUGCAGCUUACUUCCAUAAAUAACGUGUGAAAACUCUACUACAGGUACGAAGCCCGGAAGUACGAGUAUUCACAGGACCUCGGGGACUACUUUGCGGAGCUGGAAAAAAUCCACGCGGAUGCUGCGGUAUGAAUUGCAAAAGUCUAUCCUCGUACUCGUAUACAUGCAUGACAAACUGCUCCCUCAGCAUGAGAAAUAAAAUUUGUAAUGCGGAUUUACCUCUAGAAAAAAAUUUGUAAUGCGUGACUGCAAUUACUACGAGUGCGAUACUUUUGCACAGGAUAUGCGGCGAGAGGGGUGGACCCGGAUGCCGCGGAGGAAGACCGGGAGGGGGAGGACGAGGAAGACAUACUAUGGCGCAGACGGAUGGAAGAAGAGGAUUAGAAGCACAUGGAGUGCUGUAUCUUGAAAUACUAGAUGAAUAAAUGUACCAGACAUUUUGGAUUUGGAAUCGGGCAGAAUAAAAACAGUUUUGCAAUUCUAAAUUUUCAAAAUCGAAUGACAGAUUUGGUACUUCUUAUCCUUCGGAAACCGAAUACUUAAUAUCGACGCGCCACCGUCCUCUCGAACGAUACGUUCCCCCUUUCCCGCAGCCAAGGCAGUUUUGCUGUUGCGAAAAGGAAAAAGGUAAACACGUCGGCAUGAUGAUGAUUUUCGCCCACCUUACGGAAGCAAGAGAUUUCAUUCGCGCAAAGGAAAGUUGUAAGGACGACAGAUUGAUCUAAGGUCCGAAAAAGAU